AUGGUCGGCCGCGAUGACAUCUACCUUAAUGCAGAGCUACCCAGUGCGUUUUGGCGGGCGGCCUCAUACCAGACCAUCCUAGUCACGUCCGCCGUCGCUCGCGCCUUUCUCUACGGCCUGAACAAAACCGAAGUCCACGGCCUCCCUCGCUUUCUCGACCUUUUGAAAUCCCGCUCCGACUACAGAACCCGUCGCAAAGGCCUCCUGACCGUGUCCAACCACAUCUCCGUCAUCGAUGACCCUCUAAUAUGGGGCGUCCUGCCUCUUUCUUUUGCCGCCUUCCACGGCUACAUGAACCACCGCUGGUCCUUCGGCAGCCACGACAUCUGCUUCCAGAAUGGCCCUCUGUCACACUUCUUCACGCUCGGCCAAGUCCUGCCCAUCCAUCGCAGUGCCCACUCUCCCUAUGGCGGGCCCUUCCAAGCCACCAUGACUGAGGGCGUGCGGCUCUUCUCCAAGAUCUCGACCCAGAACGCCGCCCUCUGCCCGCUGAACAACCCGCGCUUCCAUUCCGCAUACCAUAGCCCGUCGUGGCCCAGAGACUGCGUCGACCCCUUCUCCGAUACCCUCCCUGUGCCUGCGUACCCCUCCCAACCGAGUGAUGUGCGGUGGUAUCACGCUCCGUCUCGGUACGCCAGCAAUGCGUAUGGUUGGGUCCAUAUCUUCCCUGAAGGCAAGAUCCACCAAGCUCCGGAUCAGACGAUGCGAUAUUUCAAAUGGGGGGUGGCGAGACUGAUCCUCGAACCGCUCGAAGCUCCAGACGUAGUGCCUAUAUUCAUCGAGGGGACUGACCAGAUCAUGCACGAGAGCCGGACAUUCCCAAGGUUCCUACCCAGAAUAGGCAAGAAAGUCACCGUCACAUUCGGCAGGGAACUUGAUGUCGAGGGGACAUUUGGGGAUCUGCGGAAACGGUGGCGCGAGCUAGCUGACAAGGACGCCAAAGAGAGAGGCAAUCCCGAGUGGGACGAGAUUAUGCUGGGCAUUGUGCCAGAGGGUUUGACAAAUCAUCCAGAAGCCAUUGAAUUGAGGAAGGAGUGUACAAAGCGAGUUAGGGAUGCGGUGCUCGAAGUACGACGGUCCCGCGGUCUUCCCGAUGAAGACCCCAAGUCGGGUGUGGCCGAAACUUGGCUGAAAGAAGGCGGAAAGAGAGAAGGCAAGAUGGACGACGGAAGUUGGGUCAAGGAUACAUAG